AUGGUUCAGCUGUUGGCCGACCCGGCCCUCCCCCAGGCUGGGACUCUGAUUCAGGAGACAGCCGAGGGAAGGAGCUCUAUGGCCGCCAAGAACGAGGGCGUCAUGUCAAGAGAGGAGCACGCCCAACGGGUCAACGAGCUGAACAUGAAGCGGAAUCUGACGAGACCCCCGAGGCGAGGGUGGUCCAUGACGGAACAUCGAGCCGAACACGAUACGCUUCAUCAUGCGCAUGGAGCCGCAUCGCUGGUCGACCAUCAAGCCUCCAUCCCCGAGAACGGACCUCUCCCUACUCCCGCUACGCCACCCUCGACGGCCACCCCGGGACAAAACGCCCAAAUCCCGCAAAGACCAAAACUACCCCCUCCCCGGCGAUCAUAUUCAGUAACCGAUAAAGAACCUGAACCCGUCGCUCCUGGCCAGCCGCGGCCCUCGUCACGCAUGACCAUACUCGACCUGCCUUCGGAGAUGCACUAUGAUUUGUUCGACCUUCUCGACCCCAUCGAUGGCGUCUGCUUGGGGCUCGCUCACUCGAAGCUGUAUGCCAUCCACCGCCGCAAGUACGGCAAGGUCCCCCUCUGCAGUCGAUACGCCGGACCCAACGACAUGGAGUGGGCGUGGCGCGGCGCAGGCCCGCUCAUUCGGCCCAGCCGGCAGACAGACAACGGCAAGGGCAGCCGGCUGGACCAGCUCCGUGUCCGGGGCCAGGUGUACUGUCGCAAGUGUGGUAUUUCGCGCUGCGAGCUGCACAGACACCUGAAGAGCUGGAUGGGCGACGGCUACGAAUACUGCGAGAUUACCAAGAUGUACGGCAAGCCCGCGGGCCAAGACGCCAAGAAUUACUGCUUCAUGAAGUCGCCCAAAAAUCCCCAUCGAUGCGGGCGCCAUGGGGGGAAGAAGUCGGUCAUCGUGGCCGAGGAGAGCGCCCCUAGAAGACUGGCGGAGGUGGCCGAGAAGAAGUGA